AUGAGCAACCUCCUUCGCUUUUUCCCUGAGCAAACGCCCUUUCCCUACGUUAAACAAACAGCGUUGGGACAAGAAGUUGGAAUGUUUGGCAAAGGAAAAAGAACUGGCUGCGAAACGUUUAGCAAAGAAAAAAGGACUGGCCGAAAGGAAAAAGGACUGGCUGCAAAGAAAAAAGGACUGGCUGCAAAGGAAAAAGAACAUAUAAAAGAACGUUUUGAGAUGAUCAAAGAGCGUAUGCCGAAAACAAAAUUGGUGGCGUACCUUAACGAAAAUACCGAAACAUUAAAAUCCUUGCGGGCCUCCUGGCAGCGUCCAGAUGAAAAGAUUGAUAGCAAUUUUGUGGUUGGGGAGAUGCAAUUUCUUUACAAGUGUGGAGUGGCAGAAAGACGACGAUCACCUGAGAAAAGCUCUCGUUCAUUAAGAUCUAGAUCUCGCUCGCCUGGUGGUAGACGAGAUCGUGCGUUAAGUCCUCGGAGUAGUGAACGUCGUGAUCCAAAAUAUGAUCGAGAACGAAAGUCCAAAGCAGAUUCACCAAGUCGAAAAGAAGAAGUCACAACACCAUCUGAAGGAUCUUCAAAUAAUCUCUUAGGUGAUAUUGACCCAGACGAAAAUCCCGAGCAGGCCUUGAUGGCACUAAUGGGUAUGACAGGAUUCUCGUCGACAAAAGGUAAAAAAGUGACAGGCAAUGAAACGUCCGCGGUAAAUAUUAAGAAACAGAGACAGUAUCGGCAGUAUAUGAAUCGUCGUGGAGGCUUCAAUCGGCCGUUGGAUAGAGUUCAGUAA